ACUUCAGGGGAACCGGGUCUCGGUCCGGGAAGUCCAGGCGUGCUCUGCCUGCCGGCGGCUCAGGAUCGUGCCAAGUCGCCGCGGAACCCCGCCGCCAGCUCCCCACCGCGCAGUCCUCCUCCUCGCCUUCCUCCAGGGCAGCUCGGAACCCAGGAGACGGCCUGACCGCUUCCGCGGAGCAGGGCGCCUGGGGCCGCCAGGCCGCCGUCUGGCCUCCGCCCUGGAGCCACCCCUCCCAGAGGAGCUGCGUGCUCGGCUGGCGCUUGGACCCCUCGGCAGCCCAGCCGCAGGUGCCCGCCCGCCUCCGCCCAGCCCUGCGCUCACACCGGCCGCUGGGGCACCCAGGCUGGUAGGUUCCAUUCCCCGCUCACUCCUCUUGCUCGGAGUUGUUCUUUUAGCUCCUGUUCCCCGGGUGGAAGCACCAGUCUGAGCUUCUCCGAAGGCGUGAAAGGAUAACGGAGCUAGAUACCUAGCUGAAGUUUUCAGACCCCUUUUGAGUGAAGAUGAAUGUUUCUGCUGGAAUAAUGUAAGUGGCAGGUCCACGUCUGGGUAGACUCGACUAUGGGAGCCAACACUUCAAGCAAACCACCAGUGUUUGAUGAAAAUGAUGAUGUCAACUUUGACCACUUUGAAAUUUUGCGAGCCAUUGGAAAAGGCAGUUUCGGGAAGGUCUGCAUCGUACAGAAGAAUGAUACCAAGAAGAUGUAUGCGAUGAAGUACAUGAACAAACAAAAGUGCGUGGAGCGCAACGAAGUGAGGAAUGUCUUCAAGGAGCUCCAGAUCAUGCAGGGACUGGAGCACCCUUUCCUGGUUAAUUUGUGGUAUUCCUUCCAAGAUGAGGAAGACAUGUUCAUGGUGGUGGACCUUCUGCUGGGCGGGGACCUGCGUUACCACCUGCAGCAGAAUGUCCGCUUCCAGGAAGACACUGUGAAGCUCUUCAUCUGUGAGCUGGCCAUGGCCUUGGACUACCUGCAGAGCCAGCGCAUCAUUCACAGGGAUAUGAAACCUGACAAUAUUUUGCUUGAUGAACAUGGGCACGUGCACAUCACAGACUUCAACAUUGCCACGAUGCUGCCUGGGGAGAUGCGGAUCACCACUGUGGCCGGCACCAAGCCUUACAUGGCACCUGAGAUGUUCAACUGCAGAAGAGAAGCAGGCUAUUCCUUUGCUGUUGACUGGUGGUCACUGGGAGUGACAGCAUACGAGCUGCUGAGAGGCCGGAGACCGUAUCAUAUUCGCUCCAGUACUUCCAGCAAGGAAAUUGCACACAUGUUUGAGACAGCGCUAGUGACUUACCCUUCUGCCUGGUCACAGGAGAUGGUAUCCCUUCUUAAAAAGCUACUUGAACUGAAUCCGGACCACCGAUUUUCCCAUUUGUCCGAUAUUCAAAACUUCCCAUAUAUGAAUGAUAUGAACUGGGAUGCAGUUCUGCAGAAGAGGCUCAUUCCAGGAUUUGUUCCUAAUAAAGGCAGGCUGAACUGUGACCCCACCUUUGAACUCGAAGAAAUGAUCCUUGAGUCCAAGCCUCUGCACAAGAAAAAGAAGCGUCUGGCCAAGAAGGAGAAGGAGACAAGGAAAUGCGACUCCUCUCAGACAUGCCUUCUUCAAGAGCACCUUGAAUCUGUCCAAAAGGAGUUCAUAAUUUUCAACAGAGAAAAAGUCAAAAGGGACUUUAAUAAAAGACAAGCAAAUCAAGCCUUGGAACAAACCAAAGACCCACAAGGAGAGGAUGGUCAGAAUAGCAACCUGUGAAGUCCUCGUCAUCUUCUUGGGACAUUUCCACGUCAGGAAGAGCUGACAGUAAUUCUCACCUCUCCACACCUCACACACCUUAGAAAAUGUGAAUGAAUGCCUUGGGAAGGAGGCAGCACGGCACAGGGUGGAGUCCCUGGGUUCCUGGGAACUCGUUUCACAGAUACCUGUGUGGCCUUGAGCAAGUCACUGAAUCCCUUUCUCUGCUUCAGUCUGUUCAUCUAAAACAAGAAGUUAAUACCAGAUGAGCUCGACACUGCCUUUCUACUGCCACCAUCCUGUUACUCUUAAUAGCCUCUAUUUUUACUUUAAAAGGAAUAUUUGGAUGUAGAUUUAUUUUUCCACUCCUAAUUACACUGGGACAAAUGGACAUGGGUGGCUGAUGGAGUGAAGCCCUUGAGAGCUAGAAAACUUCAUAAGGAAGCCAGAAUCCCCAAACCCAACUGAACAGGAGUAAGGAAAGCAUUCAGGAAGAAAUGAGUGGGACCAGGUAAGAAGUAACACAUACUGAUGAGGGCCUUCCAGUGGUGUGCUGGACUUGAACGGUAUGCCAGCUUGUAUCAGCUAGUAAGAGCUGCUAGGCAUAAAUGCCCCAACGCCCUGUUCGGUGAUGUGACAUUGAGAAGUUGAAAUUGGUGAUGGUGGAAAUAUUUACACCAUGGAAAUUGGCAGAUGCUACAAAUAGGGCUUUUUUCCCCCUCCCAGCAAGCCAGUUCUGAAAUAUUUAGCACACCACUGGACUUCUUCUAGAAGCAUGUUCCUUGAGAACUGCUACCUCUUAAGACUAUCAGAGACCUGGGUCCAGACAGGAUUAGAAAGGAACAUUGUCACAUUGAAAACACGUCCAACUUAUAGUACACUGAUGUUGUAUCUUACACAGGAGUUAUAGUCUAAGUUAGAAUGUGAGGUGAAUUUGGAAGAUAGUAAAAUUUACCCUUGGAAAAAUCCCUUUAAUAUACAUUAACAUACAGUACGGAGAAGGCAAUGGCACCCCACUCCAGUACUCUUGCCCGGCAAAUCCCAUGGACGGAGGAGCCUGGUAGGCUGCAGUCCAUGGGGUCGCUAGGAGUCAGACACGACUGAGCGACUUCAC